AUGGACACCCUCAUGGACACUCUCAUGGACACUCUCAUGGACACCCUCAGGGACACCCUCAUGGACACCCUCAUGGACACCCUCAUGGACACUCUCAUGGACACCCUCAUGGACACCCUCAUGGACACCCUCAUGGACACCCUCAGGGACACUCUCAUGGACACCCUCAUGGACACCCUCAUGGACACCCUCAUGGACACCCUCAGGGACGUGUCUGAAGAUGCAGGAGGCGGAGCCUGUGGUGAAAGCCAGACGUCAGAUGGAUGCCACGCCCCCCUCUGCCCCCCCCCCCAUACUAACUCCUCCCUCAUGGAUGCCACACCCUGCCACGCCCCCCUCUGGCCCUGCCCCCCCAGACUAACUCCUCCCCCUGGAUACCACGCCCCCUGGAUGCCACAACCUGCCACGCCCCCCUCCGGCCCCGCCCCCGGACUAACUCCUCCCCCCUGGAUGCCACGCCCCCUUCUGGCCCCGCCCCCCGGACAGACUCCUCCCUCCUGGUGCCACGGCCCGCCUCCCCACACUCAGUCCACAGAGUAA